AUAUAAAUAAUCUCAAACAGAGUUACAAGUGUAUAUAUGUAACAACAACAUAGGGUAAAGUAAAUUCAUGUGUGCCGCGGCCACUCUGCGAUAAAGCUCUCUCUCUCUCUCUCUGGUUUCUCACUUUCUCUGUCUCUGUCACUCUCUUCCAGGUCAAUUUGCCAUGACUGAACCCUCCAAGGUCAUUCACGUUCGAAACGUGGGGCACGAAAUAUCUGAAAAUGAUUUACUUCAGCUAUUUCAACCUUUUGGAGUAAUAACAAAGCUUGUGAUGCUGCGUGCUAAAAAUCAGGCUCUUCUACAAAUGGACGAUGUAUCUUCUGCAGUUACUGCUAUACAGUUUUAUGCAAAUAUGCAGCCAAGCAUAAGGGGGAGGAAUGUUUAUGUUCAGUUCUCCUCACAUCAAGAACUAACAACAGUAGAUCAAAGUCAAGGACGAGGAGAUGAGCCAAACCGAAUUCUCUUAGUUACAAUUCAUCACAUGCUCUAUCCUAUGACUGUGGAUGUGCUCUAUCAAGUAUUUUCUCCCCAUGGAUCUGUGGAGAAGAUUGUAACAUUUCAGAAGUCAGCUGGCUUUCAGGCUCUGAUCCAGUAUCAAUCACGUCAGAGUGCUGUUACUGCUAGAAGUGCACUUCAGGGUCGCAAUAUUUAUGACGGUUGCUGUCAGCUGGACAUUCAAUUCUCAAACCUUGAUGAAUUACAAGUGAACUACAAUAAUGACCGUUCAAGGGACUUCACUAACCCAAAUCUCCCUACAGAGCAGAAAGGCAGGCCUUCCCAACCUGGAUAUGGUGAUGGAGGAAACAUGUAUCCUGCUCAAGGUUCAGGAGCUAGGGGAGGAGGUGGAUUUCCACAGAUGGGCAAUGCUUCAGCCAUUGCAGCUGCCUUUGGGGGAGGUUUGCCUCCUGGGAUAACUGGGACAAAUGACAGGUGUACAAUUCUCGUAUCAAAUCUUAAUCCUGAUAGAGUAGAUGAGGAUAAACUGUUCAACUUGUUCUCCAUUUACGGGAACAUUGUGAGAAUUAAACUUCUCCGAAACAAACCAGAUCAUGCACUUAUCCAGAUGGGAGAUGGUUUCCAAGCUGAACUUGCAGUGCACUUUCUGAAGGGGGCCAUAUUGUUUGGGAAGCCACUAGAGGUAAACUUCUCCAAGCAUGCUACCAUAACCCAAGGUGCUGAUACGCACGAGUACUCAAAUUCAAAUCUCAAUCGUUUCAAUCGCAAUGCUGCUAAAAACUACCGCUACUGUUGCUCCCCAACGAGAAUGAUCCAUUUAUCCACACUCCCUCAAGACGUCACUGAGGAGGAGAUUGCGAGCCUUGUUGAGGAGCACGGAACCAUUGUCAACUGCAAAGUGUUUGAGAUGAAUCAGAAGAAACAGGCUCUGGUUCAGUUUGAGACUGAGGAGCAGGCUACUGAAGCCCUCGUGUGCAAGCAUGCCACCUCGCUUUCUGGCUCAGUGAUCCGGAUCUCCUUUUCCCAGUUACAGAACAUUUGAGACUUUGUUUAAAGGACCAGUGGAUUGUUAAGCUUAUUAGAGACAAGGAUUUUGAAUUUGGGAAGAAUUUUCUUUUAUGCAGAUGAUGGUCUUCUUCAUUAUCUUGUAAUAGUUUCUUUACUUUCUGAUUUGCUGAUAUUAAGACAUGCUAUUUGACUUA